AUGGCGGAUCCCUUGACCGAUGUGAAAGACUGUUUAGUACAGGAUCGUGGAAACAUUGAUGUUCCCAGCUUGCUACAUCUUUCGAAAGACACUUGUGUUGGCAAAAGGGCCAAGGAGCUGUGCGAUCAUCAUGUCCGGACAGGCCACAAAGACCACAGCCAUAACAUGUAA